AUGCGGCAGCUUCGGCUCAUCACCAACAUGAGGGCUCAUAAUGACACGUGGUUUGCAAAUUACUUGCUAAGGGUCGACAAUGGCACUGAGGAAGUCAACGAUCAAGGCAACAUACUACUCCCUGAAGACAUUUGUCUGCCGUCUACAGGCGAGGUUGACGACCUGGAGAAGCUUAUUCACCAUGUGUUUCCGAGUCUAGAUGACAACAUGUCUGAUUCAAAUUACAUGACAUCUCGAGCAAUCCUUUCCACGACAAAUGACAAUGUCGACAAGAUAAACAUCCGCAUGAUAGAGCAUUUUCAGGGAGAUGAAGUAAUAUACCAUAGCUUUGACAGUGCGGAGGACGACCCAUAUGGCUACUACGCUCAGGAGUUUCUGAAUGGAUUGACUCCUAACGGUCUUCCUCCGCAUGCACUCAAGCUAAAGCUGAACUGCCCUGUCAUACUUCUCUAA